ACCUCUCAAGACAGAUAAGGCUUUAGGACUGGAGUUCGUGUUUUUAAUAAACCUGUCAUAAGUUUAAUUUUUGUAUUCAGUUAACUUUAAGCAUUCACAGAGAUCGGAUCGGUCUAGUAAAAUAAUCUAUAGCCGUUGCGUCGUCGUCAUGGAGAUUUCGUCGGUUUUGAUCUAUAUUAUAAUAGCGCUAGCCUCGGUGCUGGUGUAUUUUCUAAGGCAACGCAUGACCUACUGGGCACGUCGCGGAAUUCCUCAUGAUACACCUCAUUUCCCGAACGGCAACUUAACCGGCAUCAAAAAGACACACCAUAUGCGGGAUUUGGUCAAAGCUAAUUACGAGAAAUACAAACACACCGGACCAUUUGGAGGCUUCUAUUUCUUCCUCAAACGAAGCGUCAUAAUCUAUGACUUGGAUUUGGUCAAAAACAUUCUAAUAAAGGACUUUAACAAUUUCACUGAUCGAGCUAUAUUCCACAAUGAACGCGACGAUCCUCUGACAGGGCAUUUGUUUGCUUUGGAUGGUCAAAAAUGGAAGCAUUUGAGGAAUAAGCUAUCGCCAACAUUCAGCUCUGGCAAGAUGAAGAAUAUGUUCCCGACUGUUCUUGAGGUGGGUGAAAGACUUAAGGAUACUUUCGAUAAUUUGGUCCGACAAGAUUCGAUUGUCGAAGUUAAGGAUGUUCUGGCGCGAUUCACUGUCGAUGUCAUUGGGACCUGUGCCUUUGGCCUCGAAUGCAAUAGCCUUAAGGAUCCACGUGCCGAAUUUCGCAUCAUGGGCGGUAAAGCCUUCAACCAGCCUCGUCAUGGAAAGAUUAUUGAAGGAUUCAUCUUCAGUUUUCCCAAGUUGGCCAAGUUGCUUCGAUUUCGACAAAUUGACGAAGAAGUUCAUCAGUUUUAUAUGAGAGUGGUUCGAGAGACCGUCGAAUAUCGCGAAAAGAAUUCAAUCAAACGAAAUGAUUUCAUGAAUUUGUUGAUUGAGUUGAAGAAUACCGAACAAGGAUUGUCGAUUGAAGAAGUUGCUGCACAAUCGUUUGUGUUCUUUUUGGCAGGUUUUGAGACGUCAUCCUCUACCAUGGGUUUCGCACUGUUUGAGUUGGCUCUGAAUCAAGAUAUCCAAGAUAAGCUAAGGGCUGAAAUAAAUGCUCAUUUUGAUAAGAACGGAGGAAUGUUCACAUACGACAGUAUGGCCGAAAUGCAUUAUAUGGAAAUGGUGAUGAAAGAAACUCUACGCAAAUACUCAAUUGUAACAAACCUUAUAAGAGACACUCUUAACGACUACCCAACGUCCAAUCCGAAGUAUGUAAUUCCGAAAGGAACAAUGGCAAUCAUUCCAGUCGAUGCUAUCCAUCGUGAUCCAGAGAUCUAUCCUGAUCCGGAUAAGUUUGAUCCGGAAAGAUUUAGUCCGGAAGAGAUUCAAAAACGGCACCCACUGACUUGGUUACCAUUCGGAGAUGGACCUAGAAAUUGUAUUGGGCUGAGAUUCGGAAAGAUGCAAACAUAUAUCGGAUUGAGUAUCCUUUUGAGACACUACAAGUUCCACUACUCUGAAAGGACCCCGAAUCCUCUGCCAGUUGAUGUUUCAAAUAUUCUUUAUUCCAUCAAGGGUGGUAUUUCGUUGCGUGUUGAACGCAUUUAAUGUGAUAUUUGUUUAGGUUUACUUCUCUAUGUGAUAAGAUUGUGUUUCUUCUUAAAAUUAAGAUUAAGAAUUUUACUGGAAUACUGUAGUCACUCAAAAUGAUAUGUUAAAAAUAAAUUUUAUUAAAAAA